GACCUACGUACCUCCAUGGACGGCAAGUACAAGGAGAUCGCUGAGGAGCUGUUCUCUCGCAGCUUAGCAGAGUGUGAUAUGCUCAGCGCCCCUUAUGAGUUCCCUGAAGACAGUCCCAUAGAACAGCUGGAGGAGAGACGACAACGACUAGAGAGACAGAUCAGCCAGAAUGUCAAGUUUGAGCCAAAUAUCCUUCUGCGAGCCAAACAGGAGUUAAUGAAGACUGGCAGCGCUACUGACCUAGAAUACCUGAAGGAGCAGAGCCAGGCAUUCAUGGACCUGUACCCCAAGGAGAUGGAGCGGGAAGGAGAGAAGGAGUUCCAGCGGGUCGCCAUCUCUGGAGAGGAGAAAUGUGGGGUUCCCUUCACAGACCUGCUGGAUGCUGCUAAGUGUGUAGUGAAGGCCUUGUUCAUCAGGGAGAAGUACAUCGGCCUGUCCAUGCAGAGCUUCUGUCGGACCACAGCCAGCUACCUGGAGGAGCUCAGUGACAGACCUCUAGAUAUGGGGAUCUAUGAGGAGAUACCUGAGACCUCUGUUACUGCAGACCAGACGGUCCAUCCUCCCGUCUCCACCACUCACCCCUACGAGAACCAGGACCCUGCCUGUAUGCCUCCUGAUUUAGGCUACGGCUGCAAGAUGGUAAACGGUGUCGUCCAUAUCUACACUAAUAAGGACACAAUGGAGAACAGCACAGAGUUGGAGCUUCCUUAUCCAGACCUACAGGACUACAUCAAUGACAUGAACGUCAUGAUGGCUCUCAUCAUCAACGGACCUGUGAAGUCGUUCUGUUACCGUCGGUUACAGUACCUGAGUUCUAAGUUCCAGAUGCACAUAUUGCUGAAUGAGAUGAAGGAGCUGGCAGCUCAGAAGAAAGUCCCUCAUAGAGACUUCUACAACAUACGCAAGGUGGAUACCCAUAUCCACGCCGCGUCCUGUAUGAACCAGAAACACCUGCUGAGGUUCAUCAAGAGGGCCAUGAAGAAGUAUCCAGGGGAGAUAGUGCAUGUGGAGAGAGGCAAGGGACAGACGCUCAUGGAGGUGUUCCAAACCAUGAACCUCACAUCCUUCGACUUGAGUGUGGACACACUGGAUAUGCACGCUGACCGCAACACUUUCCAUCGCUUUGACAAGUUCAACGCCAAAUACAACCCCAUUGGGGAGUCCAUCCUGAGAGAGAUCUUCAUCAAGACAGACAACCACGUGCAGGGGAAAUACUUUGGACACAUCAUCAAGGAGGUGAUGGCUGACCUGGAGGAGAGUAAAUACCAGAACGUGGAGCUGCGUCUGUCCAUCUGCGGCCGCUGCAGAGACGAAUGGGACAAGCUGGCCCAGUGGGCCGUCAAACACCAAGUCUACUCUAACAACGUACGCUGGCUGGUGCAGGUCCCACGACUCUUUGAUGUGUACCACACCAAGAAGCAGCUGUGUAACUUCCAGGAGCUGCUGGAUAACAUCUUCAUGCCUCUGUUCGAGGUCACCAUCGACCCCGCCAGGCACCGUGAGCUGCACCUCUUCCUACAACACGUGGUGGGCCUCGACAGUGUGGACGAUGAGUCUAAACCAGAGCAACACUGCUUCAACAUGGAGAGUCCUCUGCCAGUCAACUGGACUGUGGAAGACAACCCUCCUUAUGCCUACUACCUGUACUAUAUGUACGCUAACAUGGCCGUGCUCAACCACCUGCGCAGGCAGAGAGGUUUCAACACCUUGGUGCUGCGUCCUCACUGUGGGGAGGCGGGGCCUAUCCAUCACCUGGUGUCAGGUUUCAUGCUGUCAGAGAACAUCUCCCAUGGACUGCUGCUCAGGAAGGCCCCUGUGCUGCAGUACCUGUACUACCUGGCUCAGAUCGGCAUCGCCAUGUCUCCUCUCAGCAACAACAGCCUGUUCCUCAGCUACCACCGUAACCCCCUGCCAGAAUAUCUGUCCAGAGGACUCAUGGUGUCACUGUCCACUGACGACCCUCUACAGUUCCACUUCACUAAGGAGCCCCUCAUGGAGGAGUACAGCAUCGCUGCUCAGGUGUGGAAGCUCAGCUCCUGUGACAUGUGUGAGCUGGCCAGGAACAGUGUUCUGAUGAGCGGCUUUUCCCAUAAGGUGAAGAGUUACUGGCUGGGCCCUCACUACAUCAAGGAGGGGCAGGAGGGCAACGACAUCCGACGCACCAACGUCCCCGACAUCCGUGUGGAGUACCGCUAUGAGACCAUGUGUGAAGAGCUUAACCUCAUCACCCAGGCCAUCCACACAGAGGAGCUGGAGGCCAUCCACACAGAGGAGCUGGAGGCCAUCCACACAGAAGAGCUGGAGGCCAUCUACACAGAGGAGCUGGAGGCCAUCUACACAGAGGAGCUGGAGGCCAUCCACACAGAGGAGCUGGAGGCCAUCCACACAGAGGAUUUGGCCAUCCACACAGAGGAGCUGGAGGCCAUCCACACAGAGGAGCUGGAGGCCAUCCACACAGAGGAGCUGGAGGCCAUCCACACAGAGGAGCUGGAGGCCAUCCACACAGAGGAGCUGGAGGCCGUCCACACAGAGGAGCUGGCCAUCCACACAGAGGAGCUGGAGGCCAUCUACACAGAGGAGCUGGAGGCCAUCCACACAGAGGAGCUGGCCAUCCACACAGAGGAGCUGGAGGCCAUCUACACAGAGGAGCUGGAGGCCAUCCACACAGAGGAGCUGGAGGCCAUCCACACAGAGGAGCUGGAGGCCAUCCACACAGAGGAGCUGGAGGCCAUCCACACAGAGGAGCUGGCCAUCCACACAUAG